CCACGCCUAUCAUCGGCCUCCAAUCCAAUCCUUUCUGAUACAACCCCACUAUCUAUCAAGUCUUACUCAUCCGCGGGCCUGCCUACUCAUAUCUGAGCCUCUGUAUUGUGAGCCAUCCAAUAACAAGUUCCCUCCGGUGCAUUUCAUACACCAAUUGAUGAUACACAGAGGUUAACAAACAUCAAAAUGGCCGAUAAGAUAUCAGAUGCAGAACUCCAGAAGAUCUACGCGUUUGCGUUGGACCUGGGGAGGAGAGCGGGCAAAAUGUUGAUGGACGGGGUAGAGAAGAGAUGUGAAGGGGAUGAAGGGGGGAAGCAGGAAGAAAAAAUGAAUGCGGUGGACAUUGUUACACAGACUGAUUUGGAUGUUGAAGCAUUUGUUAAGCAUGAGAUAUCAAGUCGAUAUCCUUCACAUAAAUUCAUCGGAGAAGAAACCUAUUCCUCCGGUUCCUCCAAACAAUACCUUGUUGAUGACUCCCCAACCUGGAUCGUCGACCCUCUCGACGGAACAGUAAAUUACACACACUUAUUCCCUAUGUUCUGUAUCUCCAUCGCCUUUUGUAUCAACGGUAUCCCCAUCAUUGGAGUCAUCUACGCUCCAAUUCUCGAUGUCUCUUAUUCUGCUUUAGCCGGACACGGCGCAUGGGAAAACGACCAUGUAGGGGCUAGUGAUGAGAUUCCAUCGGGGGGCUCUAGUUUCGGCUCCGGAAGUUUGAAGAGGAAGAGGAAGUUACCAUAUGUAAAAGGAAAGCCUCUGGGACAAGAAGCGCCGAAGGGGUGUACGUUUAGUUGUGAGUGGGGGAAGGAUAGGAGGGAUAUCGAGGGAGGAAAUUUGAGAAAGAAGAUUAAUAGUUUUGUAAAUCUGGCUACUGAGAUCGGGGGAAGAGGCGGAAAAGGAGGAAUGGUUCAUGGGGUUAGGAGUUUGGGGAGUGCAACGAUGGAUUUAGCAUACACAGCAACUGGAGCUUUCGAUAUUUGGUGGGAAGGCGGUUGUUGGGAAUGGGACGUAGCAGCAGGCAUUUGCAUUCUCCGCGAAGCCGGCGGUUUAAUAACCACCGCGAAUCCUCCUGCCAACCCUGAGACUGAUCCUAUCCAAGAAGUUAAAUUGGGCAGUCGAUUGUACCUAGCUAUUAGACCAGCAGGCGAUACACCCAACGAAACAGGAAGACAGCAGCAAGAGCGUGUAGUGAGAGAAGUAUGGAAGAGGGUGGAGGCAUUAGACUAUUCCCGUCCUGGAGCUUAGUGGAAGGGUAGUAUUGCAUGCACAAAACUCAGAUGAGGCAUGGCACUGCACAAUGUUGUAAACAAGCAACUAUAUAUACUGUAGAAUGUAAUUAGAUUUACAUGCAUUU